AUGAGUGAACAUUCAGAGAGAACCAAUUCAAUUCAAGAGGGACUCACAGAUCAUAGUUCUUCUGAGAAAAACUGUCAAAUUGGACAGAAACAGCUGCAACAAAUAGAGCGGCAGUUAAAAUGCUUGGCAUUUCAAAACCCUGGACCACAAGUAGCAGACUUUAACCCUGAAACAAGGCAGCAGAAAAAGAAAGCACGGAUGUCAAAGAUGAAUGAGUAUUUUUCUGCAAAAUACAAAGUGACGAGGAAGUAUGACAAGAGUGGCAGGCUCAUCUGUAACGAUGCUGACCUGUGCGACUGCUUGGAGAAGAACUGCCUGGGCUGCUUCUACCCCUGCCCCAAGUGUAACUCCAACAAGUGUGGACCUGAGUGCCGCUGCAACCGGCGGUGGGUUUAUGAUGCCAUUGUCACUGAAUCUGGAGAAGUCAUCAGCAGGCUGCCAUUUAACGUUCCUGACUAGUAGCUCUUACAUGUGGACUGAUUUACUUCUUCUGACACAUUUAAGUUGACCUCUUUAUCUUGGGUGAAUUUUAGGGCAUGGGAAAAAAGGUUGGGAAAAUGUAAUUGAAACUCAUGCUUUCUCAAGCUGAAGGACAGUGUCAAUGGGCCUUAAUUCCAUAACUUUCUUACUGUGU